AUGAAUGAUGAAAAAGACAAGCUGUGGCCAAUGUUAGAAAAACUAAAAGUGUCCUUGAAGUCUGAGGAUAGGGAGUUGUCGGGGAAGCCGUUGAUGAAGCGGGUGAUGCAGACUUGGCUUCCAGCGAGCUCUGCCCUGCUCGAAAUGAUGAUCUAUCACCUUCCAUCUCCAUCCAAGGCUCAAAGGUACCGUGUCGAGGACUUGUAUGAAGGGCCUCUUGAUGAUCAGUAUGCUAAUGCUAUCAGGAAUUGUGAUCCUGACGGGCCUCUUAUGCUGUACGUGUCUAAGAUGAUUCCGGCUCCUGAUAAAGGUCGUUUCUUUGCUUUCGGGCGUGUGUUUGCCGGGAAGGUUGCCUCCGGUAUGAAGGUUAGGAUCAUGGGUCCUAACUAUGUGCCAGGAGAAAAAAAGGACCUGUAUGUGAAAAAUGUCCAGAGAACUCAUAUCUGGAUGGGUAAGAAGCAAGACGCUGUUGAUGAUGUACCUUGCGGGAACACCGUUUCUAUGGUUGGUUUGGAUCAGUUCAUCACCAAGAAUGCAACCUUGACAAACGAAAAUGAAGUCGACGCACAUCCAAUUAGGGCUAUGAAGUUUUCUGUUUCGCCGGUGGUUCGAGUUGCUGUAAACUGCAAGGUUGCCUCUGACCUUCCAAAGCUUGUGGAUGGUUUGAAGCGGCUGGCCAAGUCUGAUCCAAUGGUUGUAUGUACAAUUGAAGAAUCAGGGGAGCACAUUAUUGCUGGUGCUGGAGAAUUGCACCUUGAGAUCUGCUUGAAGGAUUUGCAAGAGGAUUUCAUGGGUGGCGUGGAACUCAUCGUGUCUGAUCCAGUAGUUUCAUUUCGUGAAACCGUGCUGGAGAAAUCUUGUCGCACGGUGAUGAGCAAGUCUCCAAACAAACACAACCGUCUAUACAUGGAAGCUAGGCCUCUGGAGCAUGGGCUUGCGGAAGCAAUUGAUGAAGGCACAAUCGGGCCGAGAGACGAUCCGAAGGUUCGUUCCAAGAUCCUGUCGGAGAAGUUUGGGUGGGACAAGGAUCUCGCGAAGAAGGUCUGGUGCUUUGGUCCGGAAACAACGGGUCCAAACAUGGUGGUUGAUAUGUGUAAAGGAGUUCAGUAUCUUAGCGAAAUCAAGGAUUCCGUGGUUGCUGGUUUUCAGUGGGCUUCAAAGGAAGGCGCAUUGGCUGAGGAACACAUGAGAGGUAUUUGUUUUGAGGUUUGUGAUGUGGUUCUUCAUGCUGACGCCAUUCAUAGAGGCGGUGGACAGGUGAUCCCAACUGCGAGGAGGGCUAUCUAUGCGGCGCAACUUACUGCCAAGCCGCGUCUUCUCGAGCCGGUUUACCUUGUGGAGAUUCAGGCACCUGAACAGGCGCUUGGUGGUAUUUACAGUGUUUUGAAUCAGAAGCGCGGGCACGUGUUUGAAGAAGUGCAGAGGGCAGGGACUCCACUCUACAACAUCAAGGCAUAUCUUCCGGUUGUCGAGUCUUUCGGGUUUUCGAGCACAUUGCGAGCUGCGACUUCCGGGGAGGCUUUCCCGCAGUGUGUGUUUGAUCAUUGGGACAUGCUUUCUUCUGAUCCAUUGGAAGCUAACUCCCAGACUGCAAAGUACGUGGCUGAGAUCAGGAAGAGGAAGGGUUUGAAGGAACAGAUUACUCCACUUUCUGAGUUUGAGGACAAGCUAUAA